UAACGUUUUAAUGGUGGAGAUUCUUGUUUUUUUUGUAAGGAGUCUCUCUCCCAUGUUCCUUUUAUCUAUCUGCGAAGCUCCUUUAAUGGUUGGCGUUACCCAUCUCCCUUUUUUAGAAGUUUGAAGUUAGACUCCAGUUUUGUGACAGUUUCCUAUAAAACUUCUACCAGUCCUUUAAUGGCGGAAACGCAAAUACGCGUCGUAUUUCUUGCGAAGAAAGCUUAAGAAGACUGAGAUUUUGCCAAUGAAUCCUUCCAUUUUCCCUCCGUGAAGCUUUUAAGUGUCCUUUAAUGGUGGUUUGAAAUCGCUGAUGUGAUCUCUGAUGAAGGCAAUUCAGUUGGACUGUAAUUCUGGUUCCAUUUCCUUCCAGUUUCUAUUAUUUCAAAUUCUCUUUCCAGUCCUUUAACGGUGAAAGGCUUGUAUUCCUCUUCUUAAUCAACAUCAAAAAGAUUCAAUCUAGACUGUAGUAGUGUAAUUCCACGCAAUUUCCUGCAAUUUUCCAUGUUUUUUCAAGAUUUUACCGGCCCUCUGAAAGCGAAAAGCGUUUGCGCCUCAUCCCAAUCUUCCUGAAAGAAAACUCCAUCUAUACUUCAGAUUCACCUCCAUUUCCUUCAAUUUUCCAUGUUCUUUGAAGCUUCUCCCUCUCCUUUAAUGGCGGAAACUCUAAAUCCCUUCUACAACCUCCCUUUCUCUGAUCCUUUUCAGCUUCUUCAGAAUCCAUCUCAAAAUCUCACUCCAUUAUACAAUCCAGGGUUUAAUUCGAUCCAGAGCUUUCAAGAAAACGAAUUAAUUCCUCGCAAUUUUAAUGGGUCUAGAAAGAGAGGGAGAGAGGGAGAUCUGGUUCAUGCCUCAAUGGACGGUUGGAUUUGCCCGGGAUUUAGAUCAACGGUGGAAACGUCUAGUGCUUCAUCCUGUACAAGUAAUGUUACUAUCGAUCCCGAAAUUCAUGCUAAAAUUCAAGGGCAACAUCAAGAAAUUGAAAGACUUCUUCUUAUCCAUACGGAGACAAUGAGAUUCAAAUUAGAGCAAAAGAGGAGGAUAUAUUGGCAAAACCUGAUGAUUUUAGCGGAGAGAGCAGUUGCCAAAAUAAUGAAAGGAAAGGAGGAGCAGAUAGAGGAGAUUUCAAGGCGAAAUGCCGAACUGGAGGAGAAAUUAAACAUCCUCCAAAUGGAAGGCCAAAUUUGGCAGAGCCUCGCCAAGAGCAACGAGGCGACGGUGGUGGCGCUGCGCCGUGACCUUGACGAGGCAAUGGCCGGACGGACAGACGACGACGUCGUCGGGGACACAGAAUCCCGGUGUGAAGGCAAUGACGAGGUGGACGGAGAUGGGGGGUUUACCGUUGGGCCGAGGUGUAAGGCGUGCGGGACGAGGGAGAGGAGGGUGGUGGUACUGCCGUGCAGGCAUUUGUGCGUUUGUGAGGGGUGCGAAGUGGGUUUGGAGAGGUGCUUGAUUUGCAUGGGCAAGAAGAGCGCAACCGUACACGUGUACAUGUCGUAGAGUUGGGACGUAGAUCGAUGGCUGUGAUGCCUUUAGUUUUUGUUCUUUUUCUUUAGUACCGGAGAAAUUAAGCGAAGAAAAUGUACAAAUGAUAAUUGAAACUGUAUAAAAUGUUGUACUUUCUCCUCUCUCUUUCUUGUU